GUAUUUCGUGACAUGAAAGCGAGCUAGAGGAUUCAUAACCUACCAGAAAAUUAUCAUUGCCGAUUACUCCAUACAUAACAUGGCUGUAAGAAAUUGUAUUCUAAUAUUGGGGAUUAUUUGCAGCCUUAUUUCAAAUUCAAAGGGAAUUACAGAACAGGAUACAGUAGCCUUCAAGAAAUGUAAGGAAGAAAACGGAAUGACAGCUGCAGAUGAAGUUAGUGCAAAGAGUUCUUUGUUAAAUGACACGAUCACAGAUACCCAGAAGUGUUAUUGGGUGUGUUUACUAACUGCCUUCGGUGAAAUAAAUGCUGACGGUUCACUCAACGAGGAAAAUGCAGUUAAAGAAUUUAAGGACUUGAUCGCCCAUCACAAGAUCCAGUACUCCGACGAAGAACUCAAGUCGGACGUUGCGGAUUGUGCGAAAAUAAGAGGCGACAGUACGUGUGAUAAAGCAUUUGCACCAUGGAAAUGUUUAAUGGAUAUUGGAAAACGACUCUAUCGCAAAAUUAUGAGCACGGAUAUUCGCCAUGGCUGAGUUACCACAUACAAUAUUUGUCACGACUGGUUUAUGUAACCUUAAUUUUAAUGUUUUCAAAAUAUAUUGUGCAUUUCAAAUAUUCCUUGGCUGGACGUUGACGGAAAAUGUACUCACUGUAUUAAACCCAACAAAUAUAAGCAACAGAGCCAAUAUUCUCUGCAAAUUAUAAAACAAAAAUACUUUACGACGAUUAUACAUUAUAUAUCAAGUUGUAAACAAGUUUGCUAUAAAAUGGAGCUGAAGACAUCGUUUGUUACAUUCGUAAUAAUAUUCUGCUUGCCGAAAGUUGUUCCUCAGAGUUCAGAUGUAAGUAAAAUUUUGCUUCCAAGGCAUUUCAACUUUCAACAGCGUGCUUAUUUCAAACUACAAGGACUCAGAAGUUGUCAGUAACAGUUCCGUAAAAUCAUCUCGUGUGCAGUGUGUGUAACGUAAAACGUGUAUCUUAUUUUAAGUUAUACUCUGACUAAAAGAAAUUAUACAUCUAAAUACCAAAUGCA